GGAAAGUCAUCAUCCCUUAAAAAAAAAGAAUUAUUUGUGCUUAUAUAUGAUGUGUAGAGCGUGAAUCGCGAAAAAAAAAGUAUACAAAGUAUAGGCAAUUUUAUAUACGGAUUACGGAUAUUCAAAUGCAAAAAUAGUAGUCUAUUGGUGACCUAUUACAAGUACCAGAUGAGAUUCAUAACCAACGAUCAUGUGAUGUAAAAGAUGGACCAGAUUGUACAGAUUGUUUCAGGACACUCACCAUUUCAAUUCAUUACACCACCACCGUCUCAUUCAACAUUUGCCGAACACCCAGCGCCAGUACGCAACGUUAAGCGACGACUUACUUUUCACGCAUUUUACAUCAAUAUUUGUGAUUAUCACAUCUUUCGUAAAACUAUGCCGUGGUUUAGCGAGGAUAGCUAUAAUAGAGUUCUUGCAGCAACACAUCUAGAAGAUUCCCAACCUGAUUUUUUUUAUUCACCUGCGAGGACGUUUAUAUAUCGGGUUWAUAGACCGCCACAAAGAUCAAUUACCCCAAGACCCAUUACUCCAGAGUUUGUUGGCGAUUUCGAUCAGUGUGAUGCACAACGGAUUGUGUACUCCCCGUGGAGCCCUCCUGCAUUACGGGACUCAGCCUUCGGAUAUUCAGAGWUGACUCCAUCCGAGGAUAGUGCUAAUCUUCUCAUAGCAAGAGUUACAAAUUGAAAAUAAUAAUUGGUAUAGAGCAUUAUCAUCAGUUAU